AUGUCCGCGGGAGCGUCGCCCUCCCUCGUGGAGGUCGCAGAGUCGCGCGUCGGAACCACACACUCUCAUGGUCACAGCCGAAGUCGAGGCCAUGGUCAUAGUCGAUCUGCUCGCUAUGCGCAACCACCAUUCCCUAGUUCACAGGGACACUCGAGUGUUUCUCAUCCGUCACCAUUGAACUCCGAAGGCAACCAGAAUGGAAGCUAUUCCUACAGUCAUGCUUCACAGCCGUCAAUUCAUGCUCACGGCCACUCUGAUUCCCUUCACUCUCAUACUUCUACCAUGUCUUCGGUUCAUCACGACCUGUCACAUUCGCAUACCCACAAGCAUACGCAUAGUCAUGCGCAUGACCACCAUCAUGAAAACGAACCUUGCCAGUCGCACCAUAACGAGAUCAGGCCAGCCACGACGAGGCCGGAGAUCCGCAGUGCGAACUCCAACUUGCUGCUUCAAACGAUGCACGGCACUCUAGUCGCAUUGCCUUGGAUCGUCCUCUCUUGGGUGUCUAGAGGAUACGUGCAGACUGGUGGCUCAGAAGAUUCCAAUAUUGCGGCCAACGAGAUUUCUGAGCGUAUGGGGUCAAUCGUCGCAAUGCUGACCGCAAUGACGCUGCUCGCGUUUGGCUGCGGGACCUUCAUAUUCUCUGCUGUCUUUGAGAACAAGUCCACGGGCGCUUCUACCUUGAAGAUUCCACGAGUGAGUGCCGAGGUGGGAAAGCUCGCUCUGCUGCAGGUUCUCUCGGUGGCAUUGCCAGUUUAUGCUGCAUUAGAGGUCGGGGGCUUUCUGGUGGCUUUUGUUCACCUUCUCAUAGCGGCGUCGGGGCUUCCUGGCUUGGUGAACCAGGGUAUCAGGAGGGGACCCUCCCAGCAAUACAACAAGAAGAUGUUCACUCUAACUCUUCUCGGAACAACAGUCCUGCUCGGUGCUCUUGGCAUGAACAAGGCCUGGAGCUCGUCGCCCUUCAGGGGAUAUGUGGCCCUGCUAGUGUCGGCAUUUGUGCUUCCACCAUCCUUCACCUUGUCUGUACCGCAGGGCCAGUCUCCGGAGCCUGGUCUUGGUGUUCAGUCAAUGGCUGGGCAGAACAAGCCUCAGGUCGAAGAGCAAGCAUUCGUUGCCGCUAGAGCCGAUCCCUCUCUCGCCAUUCUGGCUGGAGCUGCGCUAGCGGUACUGACGGUGAUCGUCUCUCGGGGCUUGACCCCCAGUGCAUGGGAGCUAAUCACCUUGGUGCCCGUUGCAACUUGUUUCGCGCUUGCACUGGCAACUUGGUUUCCCCUGGGUCAUUUCACUCCGAAUAAGAUUGGCCUCGCCACCAGCAGUACAAUCGCAGCGCUGCUUUGCGCCCCACACGACAAGGAUGAUUUUCUAUUUACGUAUGCCGUCCGCAUCAUGCUUGUGGUAGUUUCCUUUUUUGCCUCGAGGAUAGAUGAUAAGCAUCUUCUCGCCGAGGACCACUCCCACACGCAUACUCAUAACCAUCACCACCAUGGUCACUCCACUCAUGCAAAAACCGACACCACCCGAGUCACCAAGUGGCUACUACGGGCUAGCGAGGAUUAUCCCUUGUUGCACAGCAUCCUCAAGGAGGGUGAUUCUCGCAGCAUUUUCUAUUUCAUGUGCCUUAAUUUUACAUUCAUGCUUGUGCAGCUGUCGUACGGCUUUCUGACGGGCUCUUUGGGCCUGCUGAGUGAUAGUAUUCACAUGUUUUUUGACUGCCUUGCUCUCGUUGUUGGGCUCUGCGCGGCGGUCAUGAGCAAGUGGCCCCCCAAUGCGCGUUUUCCCUAUGGAUAUGGCAAAGUGGAUACCUUGUCCGGGUUUGCCAACGGUAUCUUUCUCAUGAUCAUCAGUGUGGAAAUUAUCUACGAGGCGGUGGAGCGGCUAUCUUCGGGAAGUCAGAUGCAUCGCAUCGGUGAAUUAUUAGCUGUCAGCGUAGCAGGUCUGCUUGUGAAUCUGGUCGGCAUCUUCAGCUUUGAGCAUGGCCAUCACCAUCAUGGGCACGACCAUGGGCAUGAUCAUUCACAUGGCAAUGAGAACAUGCAUGGAAUUUUCCUCCAUAUCCUCGCCGAUACACUGGGCUCAGUGGCUGUGGUCAUCUCCACGAUUUUGGUACAUUACUCUGGAUGGGCCGGCUGGGAUCCUCUGGCAUCCUGUUUCAUUGCCAUUCUCAUCUUUGCCUCGGCCGUUCCACUCGUCAGUAGCACAGCCAAGAGUCUUCUUCUCACGCUGCCGGCAGAUACCGAGUAUAACAUCCGUGAGACCCUGGCCGGGGUGAGUACCCUCCGUGGUGUCGUCAGCUACUCGGUCCCGAAAUUCUGGCUUGACGACACUAGCGUGGCAUCUUCGUCGGGGCAUGAUCAUUCACAUAACCAUGACCACGGUCAUGAUCACCAUGGACAUCAUCACCACAACAGUAGCCACGAUCACGGGCAUCAUCACGACCACAGCCAUGACCACGACCAUGGCCAUGAUCACGGGCACAACCACGCGCACGAGCACAAACGUCAAAAUGUCCUCGGCGUUAUUCACGUCAUUGCAUCUCGCGGGUCGGACCUGGAAGACGUCCGUCACCGGACCGUGGAGUACCUUCGGGAGAAAGGAAUCGACGUCGUCGUUCAGGUGGAGCGCGACGGAGAUGGUCGUUGCUGGUGCGGGGCUGGCAAUAAAAGUCCCUGA